AUGGACGUCCUAAGCGUGGCAGACUGGUGCAAUAAGGACCAAGACCCACGCGUCUGGCUCGCUCCCGUGCAGGCUUCUGGCACCUGCGAGACACGCGACACUUCUGCGGACUACCUGGACCACUCGCCCUGCUCCAGCACCGGAUCUUACCACGAGAGCGACUCCUCGGGUCACCCCAGCCCUCCAAGCUACAGAAAAGCGCCCAAAAGUCCAUCCGGCUCCUCCACGCUCAAAGUCCGGGACCUGUGCCGCCUGAAGGGCAUGGUCACCGGUGCCGAGCAGGAGCAACACACUCGGCACAGAGCCCCGUCCAGCAAGCCCACUAACGGCGUCCAGAGACAGAGACGCGUAGCCGCCAACGCCCGGGAGAGGAGGCGCAUGCACGGCCUGAACCACGCAUUCGACGAGCUCCGCAGCGUCAUCCCGGCCCUGGACAACGACAAGAAGCUGUCCAAGUAUGAAACUCUGCAGAUGGCGCAGAUUUACAUCAACGCUCUGGCGGAGCUGCUGCAAGACCCAACUACUUCUUCUCCCUCUACGAGCGAGGAGACACACCCUGUGGCCGCCACGGAGGGCCACCUGGCCGCGCACAUCGACGCCAUAUCUCUGCGAACAGCCCUCGACGACGUCCCCUUUCCUGGCAUGAGCUCGCCCUCGGCGUCUUCCGGCACCCCCGGGGCGCGGUUGGAGUCACCCCGCAGCGACGGAGAGUUUUCCCCGCACUCCCACUUCAGUGACUCGGAUGAGAUGGUGGUGGAGCUCCACUCCAGUGAGGAGGACGAGUUCGCUGAACUGAACAUGCCCACUCACCCGAUUGUUCCUUUCUAAAUCAUAUUUGAAAAAAGAUUUUUACACCACAUCAGCCCAUCAUCAGUGUCAAUCACCUUGCAGCCAGUUUGACUUUAAAAAAGGGCUUCUAUCUAUUUUAAUGUGGCAAUUUGGGAAUGCCAAGAUAGAAAAUAAUUUGCAGCUACCAUAGAGACGUGUCAUUGCCAUUUUA